CACUCUACAGGUAUUCUGUGGAUUUGGUUUUGGAAAAUUCCCCUCCCGAAAUCGCUGCGAGACUGGAAACGAGUCGAUCCUAGCACAAUCAAUCUGAAAGCACAAACCCCGCAGAUAUAUACAAAACCGCAGAUAUGGCCGACGACUGGGAAUCCGCAGCGGACAGUGAGGUGGUCAUACGGCCGAAUGCCGCCGCCAGCGUAAACAAGUGGGAAGGCGAGGACGAGGAUGAGGACAUCAAGGACAGCUGGGAAGACGAGGAGGAAAAGAAGGACGAGGAGAAGCCCACGAAAACAGAAGCUCCAGCCAAAACCAAACCGAGCAAGGCGCUAAAGGCCAAACUUGAGCAGCAGGCGCGUCUGGAGGAAGAGGCGGAAGAGCAACGAUUGGCCAACCUCUCUCCUGCGGAAAAGCUGGCCGAGAAACUGCGCCUGCAAAAGAUCCAGGAAGCCUCUGACCUUAAGCACGCUCAGGAUGCUUUCGGAGUAACGAGUACGGCCGGCGGCCUAGAAGCCUACAAUCCAGAAAGCAAGGAGGAGUUCAAGGAGUUCGGCGCCACACUUAGCUGGAAAAUUGCUCAGUACCGCGAGUCGGAGUACUUCCCCCAGUUCGUAGAAGAUCUGGUGCGCAGCCUAUGCGUGAACCUGAGCGCCGCUGACAUCAAGAAGGUCAAAAUGAACGUUGAGGUCUUGCACUCGGAAAAGCUUAAGCUGGAAAAGGCCAACGCCAAGAAGCCCGCUGGAAAGGGCAAGGGCAAGGUCACGCUUCGCACCGAGAACGACGAUAUUGACGGCUACCAAAAGUACGGCAAUGACUUCACCGAAGAUUAUGACGACUUUAUGUGAAUAGGAUCUACCGUAGCCCGCAUAUAUAUAAUUAUUGAAUACAUAGUUGCUUGUUGAAGAGUCUUCUUGUUAGAGAUGCUGCGCAGGAAUUUGGGUCCUUUGUUGAAUAUAAAAUAGCAGAACCUAUAUAUAUACAUAUAUGUACAUAUAUAUUUAUAUGACCAUAUAGAACACAAAAUCACAGAGUUCUAAAAAUAAAACCACUUUCAAAUCGGGCCAAAA